CUGUGGUAACAACACAAACAGAAAGGUAUUUCUUCUGGAUAAACAUGUGGCCCAGCAUGUGGCCCAACAGCAGCUCCAAUUCCUUCCUGUUGACUGGUUUUCCAGGCUUGGAGGCAGCUCACCACUGGAUUUCGACAUCCUUCUUUUUUGUCUAUAUCUCUGUCCUUUUUGGCAAUGGCACCCUCCUCCUUCUGAUUAAGAAAGAUCACAAUCUGCAAGAACCCAUGUACUACUUCCUGGCCAUGCUGGCAGGUACAGACCUGGGGCUGACCUUGACCACGAUGCCCACGGUAUUGGGAGUCCUCUGGUUGGAUCACAGGGAGAUUAGAAAUGCAGCCUGCUUUUCCCAAGCCUACUUCAUACACUCCCUUUCCUUUGUCGAGUCUGGUGUUUUGCUGGCUAUGGCCUAUGACCGGUUUAUUGCCAUCUGCAACCCUCUUAGAUAUGCCUCUGUACUCACUAAUACUCGAGUGCUAAAGAUUGGGCUGGGAGUUCUGAUGAGGGGAUUUGUAUCUGUUGUCCCCCCAAUAACACCUCUCUAUUUUUUCCCCUACUGCCGCUCUCAUGUCCUUUCACACGCAUUUUGCCUUCACCAGGAUGUCAUCAAACUGGCCUGUGCUGACACCACCUUCAAUCGCCUAUACCCAGUUGUGCUUGUGGUCCUUAUAUUUGUGCUGGAUUCUCUAAUUAUCCUCGUCUCCUAUGUGUUGAUACUCAAGAGUGUCCUGAGCAUUGCCUCCAGAGAGGAGAGGGCCAAGGCCCUCAACACUUGUGUUUCCCAUAUCUGCUGUGUCCUGGUCUUCUAUGUCACAGUGAUUGGUUUGUCUCUGAUUCAUCGGUUUGGAAAGAACGUUCCACAUAUUGUCCACCUUAUUAUGAGCUAUGUCUAUUUUCUGUUCCCUCCACUAAUGAAUCCUAUAAUAUAUAGUGUCAAGACCAAGCAGAUCCAGAAUGGUAUUCUUCACCUUUUCUGUAACCAUAGAAUUAGAACCUGAUCUCUGACUAUCACAGUCUCAGAGAAUGUGAAAACUCUGACUUUUGGCAGGGGAGCAAAGAA